AUGUUGGAAGUGGAUGCUGGAAGUGGAGAUUCGCCCUCGUUGAGCAGUGAUGCCGGGGCUGUGUUGAAGCACAAAAACCAUCCUCCGUUAGUCAGGAAAUCACUUGUUCCGGGGGCAGAUGCUAAAGAAUGCGAUGGGUAUGAAGAAGCUUUACUUAACGAAUUGGCGCGCCGUGAAUUUACGGUUUUUGUACUCUCAGAAGCCGGCAAACCCAUUUUUGCUAGUUGUGGUAGUGAGGAACAGUUAUGUUCAUUAGCAGCACUAAUUCAAACUUUUGUAAUGGUCGUAGGAUCAUGGGCAGAUUCUCUAAUUCGAUUUCGUUCCCUAAAAACUCAUAUCUGUUUUUCAUACAGAAGUCCAUUGAUAUUGGCGAUUGUGUCACGAACUCCUUUUAACUUGGAGUCCCAGCUUGAUAUUCUUUAUAAGCAGGUUUUAUCUACUUUGUGCCGUAAGCAGCUAGUUGGGGUUUUUCAGAAGAAGGGCCCGAAUUUUGACUUGCGACUUUUUUUAAAAGAUUCGGACCGCCACUUUAAUGAAAUUGUUUAUGCAUAUCGUGCCGAUCCUUGCCUCUUUCUUAGAAGUGUCAGAGUAUUCCCUUUAGCGAGUUCUGAAAGGGAUUUUAUAACAAAUGCAAUUAUUUCCGCUGUUAACAGUGAAAAAGCAGACCAUUUAAUCAUGGGCCUUGUUGUUGCUCAUCGCCAAUUGGUCACAGUGGUACGGUUAAAAGGACUCGCGCUCCAUCCGUUCGAUUUGCACAUUUUAUUAAACCUUGUAGAAUGUAAUCCAUCAUUUCGUCACGCCGAAAACUGGGUUCCUAUAUGCCUACCUCAUUUCGACGAAUCGGGUUUUGUGCACGCGUUCCUGGCUUAUAUAUGGCCUGGUAGUGCUGCCUGCCUUAUACUUCUCUCAGUAGAAAGAUCAGCGUUUGACGUCUUGCGAGAUGUGUAUCAGUCGAUAACAGCUCGAUUAAUGUCUCGCCCGUCGUUACAGCCGGCAUUCGAUAAUCCUCCAACAUUCGAACUGAAUUUGGCAAAUUUUCCUGAUGUCUGGCACUUUAUUUAUAAGAACAGAACAUCAAGCCAGUUAUGCAGCUCUGAGUUUCGAAUCCCUUACGUGAACGAGGAAGAGCGGAGACGUUUGUUAAACCAUUAUAAACAGACUGUUAGCUUCUGUAUGCAGUCACCGUCUGUUAAACAUCUCUUUGUUUAUCGAUCAGACAACAGUUUAGUGUUAACUACAACGGCUAAUUACGAGUUGCAUUGUGUAAUGAGCCCGUUUGUUUCGAUGUCUUCAGCCGUUUCACAAAUUGACCGCUUGUUGAGAGCCCUGAGGAAAGAAGAGUCGCGUUUUUUUAUCACCUCAUCUUCUUUCUUUUGA